UUGCAGCAACACACUUCUAACAAUAUAUCCAUUUUGAUCAUUACACAAGAAAAGAAAAUGUCUACCGCGUUCAAGUUUGAGAAUGAGAUCGUUCAACGGUCGGAGCGAGCUAAAUCUGUCGAGUUCCAUCCGACAGAACCAUGGAUUCUUGUAAGCUUGCAUUCAGGAACUGUCUACAUUUGGAACUACCAAUCCCAGACUACUGAGAAAACAUUCAAGGUGGCAGAGUCACCAGUGAGGUCAGCCAAAUUUAUCCCGAGCAAGCGCUGGGUAAUUGUUGGAUCGGACGACGCGUUUAUUCGUGUGUACGACUAUGGCACGAUGGAGAAGAUCAAAGAAUUCCAAGCGCAUAAAGAUUACAUCAGAUGCGUGGGUGUCCACCCUACACUUCCCUAUGUGCUAUCAGCGUCGGACGAUGCGGUUAUAAAGCUCUGGGACUGGGAAAAGGACUGGGAGUGUACUCAGACAUUUGAAGGGCAUUCACAUUAUGUGAUGCGAGUUGCGUUUGAUCCUCAAGAUCCUAAUGCUUUUGCGAGUGCAUCACUCGAUGGAGCUAUAAAGAUUUGGAAUGUUCACUCCUCUGCAGCUAAGUUCACUUUGGAUGCGCAUGAGAAAGGGCUGAACUUUGUUGAUUACUUCUCUAGGGAUGAUAAGCACUAUUUACUGAGCGGUUCUGAUGAUUACACUGCUAAGGUUUGGGACGAUAAAGGCGGAAGCUGUGUACAUACACUUGAGGGACAUGAGCACAAUGUUACCGCUGUGUGUGCGCAUCCUGAGCUGCCUAUAGUAAUCACUGGUUCAGAGGAUGAGACUCUUCGCAUUUGGGAUGCGAAUAGCUUCGGGCUUAAGCAUGUACUGAAGUUCGGUCAUGGAAGGAUUUGGGAAAUUGCAUAUCAGAAAGGAUCGCGCCGGGUUGCAGUUGCUUGCGACGAGGGAAUAGCCGUGGUCGAGAUAGUCUGCUGAGAGUGAGGAGCCUUAAGCCAAAUUCUAUGUCGAAUGAAAUGGAUACCGACCUCUACAACUGUUACUUUGAAUAUGAAGUUCAAAUAAAAGUGCAUACCCUUCUUCUGUCAAAGGAAGAAAGUGUGGCUUUGUACUAGUUUAUGUGUAUGCUCUCUGCGCCCUGCCAGUGGCAGGAUUUUCCAGUGUAACCCGGUGAAAGUUCGUUGGCGAUCUUUGGUGUAUUAUGCUCCUAGUGGAAUAAA